CAAUAUAUCAUCCAAGCGAGAUGGGUGCAGCUACGCAAGUAAGCAAUGGAAUGCACCAUGCAAUGCGCUUCGGGAGUUACCCGUGCACAGAUUGGUCUGCCAUCGCCCGAUAAUAGGCAGUGACGCUUCCAUCAAGAUUUCGAUGCCGGAUCGUGCAGAGAAGAUAGUAGUCGAUCACCUUAAACGUUUUCGCUUCCCGAUCUUUGCGACUCCUUCGUCACACGGAGGGGACCUCUGUAACAUUCGACAGAAUUGAAGGGGCCCAUUGCAAGGCAUCACAGAAUCUACCGAUUCUCGUGGUUGUGUUAUACCUUUCCGUAAUAUUGUAAUUCACGAGCGCCUCCUCUUAUAUAAUUAGCUGCUUUGAGCUUCUCAUCCAAAUAUGGAGUUGUUUUUCCUAUGCUCCCGUAUACAUUUUUGCCAAUGCGAUGUCCGAGUCUAUGUGGACCGAAGACGAGAUUCGAUACUUCCGAGCCUUGCUUGCGUGGGUAGCGAGCGAUGAGGAGGAUGAUAGUGGUUAUGAUAAAUUGCCUCCCCUGGAGAGGCAUGCAGGGGAAUUCAUGUUCCUCGUCCUAGGAGACAAGGGUUGUGGGAAGACGUCGCUUCUAGACAGGUUCUGCUUCGGUACAUUCGCCGAGGAGGAUCGGCCAUCCGAACUUGACGAGCAAGAACGAGGCUAUCGCCAUAUCCUAAGAAUUGAGGACCAAACUUAUGUCAUCAAUGCCUUAGAACUUCCAUCUCGGCAUCUGUCCAGCGAGGAGCAGCUCACACAAGCGGUACAGAUCACGGAAGCUGUUGUCCUAGUAUAUGACGUCAAAUCGAGAGGGUCCUUCACUCUCCUCCAAGACGUCUACAACCAUAUUCGCGAUAUGAUCGGGCAGACACGCACGUACGGUCUCAUGCUCGUAGGUACUAACUCCGACUGCGAGGACGAACAGCGAGAGGUAUCCUGGGCCGAGGGCCGCAAGCUCGCAGCAAGCUUCGGGCUUGGAUGCGCGUUCCUCGAGACCUCGGCCAAAUCAGGCGAUAAUAUCGACAGGAUUUUCCCACAGCUGGGGAGGGAGGUCCUCAAGUUAAGGUGGCUUAGCCAUCAGCGGAGAGAAGAGGCCGAAAGACUAUCUAUCGAUGCGAGGCAGCGCUCUAUUGAUGUUUCUUCUGCGAAGGGGAUAACGAGAUGGAGAUCAUGGACUCGACCUUGGUUUCAACGAAGGGUGGGAGAUCGUAAGGUGUCAGCUCCCUGCUAAAUUUUAGUAUCCCUUCU